AUGGAGCAUAAAUCCAACAAACUCAUUUGGAUUCCGAUACUGGCCGUGGUCUUCUUGAUGAUUGGCUAUCAGUACAUUUGUCCAGCCGGCAGUAACUCUUGUCGCUUCCUAACUGGGGAGAAGUUGAGUGGAAUGUUCCGCCAAUAUCACUCGGGGGACGACAUUUACGCGUACCAAGAAGGGCUGGAGUCGGAGGGUUCCUCAAAAAUUCUGUCCAAAUUCAAUUUUACUGACCGAGACCUUGAGCGACACGUGGAUUUCAACAUCAAAGGAGAUGACGUUAUAGUGUUCCUCCACAUCCAGAAGACCGGUGGGACUACUUUCGGACGGCACCUUGUCCGAAACAUUCACCUCGAACAGCCGUGUGAUUGUAUGCCCGGACAGAAGAAGUGUACCUGUCACCGCCCGGGCAAAGCGGAGUCCUGGCUUUUCUCCAGGUUCUCUACUGGCUGGAGUUGUGGUCUACAUGCGGACUGGACCGAGCUCACUAACUGCGUGCCUGUAGUGAUGAACAAGAAAGACAAGAAGGAUGCUCAGAGGAACGGACGGAACUUCUACUACAUCACCAUGCUGAGGGACCCUGUCUCCCGCUACCUGAGCGAGUGGAAGCACGUGCAGCGCGGCGCCACCUGGAAGACAGCCCUGCACAUGUGUGAUGGCCGCUCUCCCACCCAGGACGAACUGCCCGCCUGCUACAGUGGCGACGACUGGACCGGGGUCACGCUGACCAACUUCAUGGACUGCCCUUCCAACCUGGCCAACAACCGGCAGGUCCGCAUGCUGGCCGACCUCAGCCUGGUGGGCUGCUACAACGUCUCCACCUUCACCGCCGGCGCCGAACGGGAGCGCGGCCGCGUCCUACUAGCCAGUGCCAAGAACAACCUCCGCAACAUGGCCUUCUACGGCCUGACCGAGUUCCAGCGCAAGACGCAGUACCUGUUUGAGCGGACGUUUGGCCUGCGCUUCAUCCAGGCUUUCACGCAGAUCAACAGCACGCGGGCGGCUAGCGUGGGGGUGGGGGAGGGGGCUCUGCGGCGGCGCAUCGAGGGGCUCAACGCACUGGACGUGGAGCUGUACGAGUAUGCCAAGGAGCUGUUCCUUUGGAGGUACCAGUACAGCCGCCAGACACAGCACCGGGAGCAGAGGCUGAGGAGGAGGCAGGAGAGGCAGGAGGAGAGGCAGUGGCUACACCAGCACAGGGCCCCCAUCUCCAAAGCCAGGAGGGAGGAGGAGGAGAGGGAGAUAGAGGGGGUGGAAGGGGAGGAGGUGGGAGGUGUAGCCACCACAGAGGACUACAGCAGCCAGGUGGUGAGAUGGUGA